AGACUAGCGGUAGAGAGUGAAGCGAGAGAGUGGAGUAGCAAAGAGAGACUAGCGGUAGAGAGUGAAGCGAGAGAGUGGAGUAGCAAAGAGAGACUAGCGGUAGAGAGUGAAGCGAGAGAGUGGAGUAGCAAAGAGAGACUAGCGGUAGAGAGUGAAGCGAGAGAGUGGAGUAGCAAAGAGAGACUAGCGGUAGAGAGUGAAGCGAGAGAGUGGAGUAGCAAAGAGAGACUAGCGGUAGAGAGAGGAGCGAGAUAG